AGAAGGCGCUGAAUGUUGAAGUAUUAUUAUGCUUUAUGUUUUGAACGUUUCCCUUCGAAAAUUUAUGUGGCUUAUAUUUUACAAUAUUUUACUUUGACAAAAUCAUAUAAUCUAACUUUGAAUUUUAUUUAUUUUUUACAUUGCCUGAAUUUCACUUAAAGCCUCACUGUAUGUCUGGAAUCCAACUUGAUCAUAGUUUGACUGGGAUUUUUUGGAAGGUUGUUUAUUAUGUCAAUUUCCUUAGUAAUUUUGCGGUUUGAAAUAGCUUCAGACUAUCCUCUUAUUCCAGAUCUACAUUAUACAGACAAGUUUGAUCCACUAGUUACAAAGUACGAAGAUACUGAAAGACAAUCAAAAGACUUGGAACAUUCUGAACUUGUACAUUCAUUGCAAAAGCCUGAAUUAACAGAUAUAAGCCUUCCCUUUCAAGUCACUGAUGAGAAGAGUAUAAAACCUGAGAGUGUCUUCCAAAAACCAGAAACAACAGACAGAAAAGAAAAAAAAAUAGGUGAACCUGUGGAGACUUUCAUGAAGAAGAGAGAAAGCAAGAAAAAUAAGAAAUCUAGAGGUGGGACAAGGGACAAGCCAGAAAAACAAGCUCAAGAAAUUGAUGCCAAAAGAAAAGAAAAGAGUGAAUACUGUACAACUAAAUCCAGUGAUGGAAAUGAUAAAACAAAAGAGACACCAGAAAGCCCCAAAGAAAAAAAUAUGGUUUCUUACUCAGAGAUUGUAACGUCAUCCAUUAAACAAAGUGAAAAAGAAGCAAGAAAAUUGGAUAUUCCAGAGAAUAAAGAUCUGGAUAAUAAAUUCUCUUUAGGGGAAAAUGAUGAACCUGUUAGUGAAAAUUCUACAACUUCAGUUACAAGAAUCACAGUUGUUACAGAUAACUUGAAUGCAGAAGAAACUUUUAGUUGUAUUAAUGAAAGUCAAAAAGAACUUUCUCCUGUAUCUAGUGAAGGUGGACAAAAUGUUACAGACAAGUGCUCUAAAAACAUGUGUUCGCAGAUUCAGUUUUAUUCUGGAAAUCAUUUUGUGGAAGUUACAAAGGGAAUUUUACAUCUUUAUAAAGAAAAUCAGGCAGGACCGUCAGAAGAGGAUGACCUAAAUAAGGCCCCCAGUGGAGUCGAACCGAUAGAUCAACAGCCAAUCAAGGCUUUAGUAACUCCUCGUCAGUCUUCACGUGACGAAACUCUAGCACGAGACUCUCGUUCUUCCUCCGUCAAUACGAUGGGAGAAGAGCAUUGUGAGAAAGCUGACUUACAGAGGAGAAACGAACCUUUACAGCUAAGCAGUUUUAUUUCUUCUAUGCCCAUUGCUAGCCUCCCAUUGAAGUACCGGCGACUACAUUCUUUCGAGAAAACCCCGGAAGAGAUCACAGUUUCGUCUAAUCUUCACGAAGAUAGUCCAGUAGACCUCUCCUUAACUACUGGAAACGGUAAUACGGCUGAUUUCUCUGAUAUAGAACACAUAAGAAUUAUUCGUGAUGCUAAACCUAAUCUAUAUAUGGUUUUAUUGAAGUUCAGAACCCAGAAAAUGGCUGAUGAGUUUUACAAGAGCUAUAAUGGUGUUAGAUUCAAUACCAUCGAGCCAGAACUCUGCCAUCUGGUCUAUGUAGCCAAGGUAGAAACAGUGAAAGAAUCUGAGGAAAUUUGUAUGCCACUAUCAGGCCUCACAGAACUUCCUACUUGCCCUGUGUGUUUAGAAAGAAUGGAUGAAUCUGUAGAAGGCAUCUUAACAAUCCUAUGUAACCAUUCCUUCCAUGGGACUUGUCUGUCUAAGUGGGGAGAUACAAGCUGUCCUGUGUGCCGUUAUUGUCAAACACCUGAACCUGUCCCAGACAACCAUUGUUUUGGUUGUGGAUCUCAAGAAAGCCUGUGGAUCUGUUUGAUAUGUGGUCAUGUGGGUUGUGGACGUUAUGUUGAUGGACAUGCUUUUAAACAUUAUGUUGAAACUGAGCACACCUAUGCUAUGCAGCUCGGUAACAAUCGGGUUUGGGACUAUACUGGAGAUAACUAUGUUCAUCGAUUGGUGCAGAGUAAAGGAGAUGGCAAGCCAGUUGAACUAGAGAGCAACAGGCUUAGUCUUGAACAAGAAGAAAAAUUAGACUCUGUACAGCUUGAGUACACCUACUUAUUGACCAGUCAACUGGAAGCCCAGAGACAUUUCUUUGAAGAUCGUAUUGCAAGAGUAGAGAAGGAGAUGUUUCGGCAGCUGGAGGAGCUGAAAGAAAAGACCAAACAAGCUGUGGAGGAAAGAAAAGAAUUGGAAGAGAAGUUGGCUCGGGUUUCCAAGGAGAAACAAACUCAUGAAAGGAAAGUUUCACAGCUUACAGGUAAACUUAACAAACUAUCUUCUGAACUGAAAGAAGAAAAGGAGAUGAACAAGUGUCUCCGUCAGUAUCAACAACAGUGGCAGGAUAAGUUGAAAGACACGGAACAUCAUCUGAUGGAGUUAAAGGAGAACAAAGAAAAGGAAAUAACUGACCUCAAGGACCAGGUUCGAGACCUUAUGUUUUACCUAGAAGCACAGGAAAAGCUCCAGCAUGUUUCUGAAACAACACGUCAAGAAAUUGAAGAAGGGCAAAUUGUUGUUGGAGCAACAGGACAAUCCCAUAGCAGCAACUCACGUCACAGACGUAGAAGGCUUCGUUAAGUCGUUUAUGAACGUCUAGAAACAUUAUGUGUAAAUAAUUCUUGGGAAUCUUAUGUUUGUUUGCACAUAUCAAAGACAGAAAGUGAACUCUUUUGAAAUUAUAACAUAAUUCACUUAUGAAAGAAAAAUUAGUUACUAUCAGAAUAACUUAAGUUCACAAUGUAUGAUUUCUUGUUUGUUUACUGUGGAUCUUAUCUGGUAUUCUUAUUGUUUAUGGAAAAAUAUAUAAAAAAGAAUGCUAAAAUAGCCUGAUGUGCUUUAAUGUCAAAUUUGGCACAAGUUACUCUAACAGAAAUAUGACUGCUAAAUUUGUAAAAGUUGGUUUAGGUCUGACAUAAAGUUCUUCAUCAGAAAUAUCACUUCAGUUGGUUGAGAUUAGAACUACCUUUACCAUAAAAAUGCACAGGAAACAAAUAACAAAUCUUGUAAAUGUCUUGAGUUGUUAGCUGCUGUUAUUGGAUUGAGGAAGUACUGUCUUUAGCCUUGUGUACUCCAGUUUGUUUUAUUAUGCUCUUUUCUCGUGUAAAGCCUUAUCUGUAUGUUGUAAUAAUAUAUUAGCAUUCAUGUGUGUGUGCUGUACUGAACAUCAAAGUAAGAUCUAAUACAGCUCUACAAAAUCAUUUCAGAAUACGCACGUCUGUUGUUAGUAAACAGAAAAUAAACUGUGUAUACAUAUGUAUGAUAAUAAAAAUGGCUUGUUUCAAUAA